AUGGUUUCUCAUAUAGCAAAGGCUCGGGCUGCUGUAGAAGAAUUGAAGAACUUCUUUGUAGCUGAUUCAUUAGAAGGGAUCAAUAAAAAGCUUGACAAGUUUUACAUGGUCCUAAUUCUGAGAAGCUUACACUCCGAUUAUGAUCAUGUACGUGAUCAAGUUUUAGCUGGUGAUCAAAUCCCUUCAAUGGAUGGUUUGGUUACUCGACUUCUUCGAGUACCUCCAUUGGUGAAAGAUGAGAAUUCAAUCGAUGUUAUUGGAACAUCAGCUAUGAUAAUGCCACAAGGAAGAGGAGUGCCACAAGGAAGAGGAGUGCCACAAGGAAGAGGAGGAGGCAGAAGCAACCGAGGACGUGGUGGUCUUAGCAUACGUCCUCCUCAAUGCACAUACUGUAAGAAACUAGGCCAUACUCGAGACAAAUGUUAUGUUCUACAUGGAUAUCCAGACAAAGUUGCUCAUGUGUCUAAAUCUGGUGAUCUAGAAUCCAGAAUUUCAAAUGAAGAGUAUGAAGAAUUUUUACGUUACAAGUCUGGAAAACCUUCUAAUCCUGGCCAAUCCUCUGUCAUGACUAGUGUGCCUACAGCCAGCCUAUCUCAAUCUGUGGAAGGUCAUAAUCCAUGGAUUCUGGACUCAGGUGCCUCAGACCAUAUCUCUGGAACAUGGGAUAGGUCGUCUGAUUGGAGAAGGACAUGAGUCUCAAGGACUUUA